AUGGAGGGGGGCAUAUGUGAAGAGCACUAUCACAAGUCCUACAGCUAUCCGGGUUUCACCACUCACCUGGAGACAUCGAACCUUGGGGCCAACACCACGAAUCAAGAAUCUAUGGAUUGCCUCAAGCAGUAUGAGGAAAUAAGCCAGCCAUUCGCCGCACAGCUUUCGCAAGCAGCCAAGAAUUGGCAGCAGGAACACACGCCAGGCCUAAAUUCGUGGCCCUUGCUGUAUGAAGAAAAACAAUGGAUACCACAGAGCAUCCCCUGGGGCUCUGUGGUAUCUCAACACCCGACAGAGGAUCCUGCCAUCGCAACAUCUCCGCAGGUGGUCUCCUCAUACAAAGAAGGUAGCUUUGGCGGUGUGUACGAUUCACAAGAUUUAGCCUUUCUCAAUUUAGCCUUUCCAUCCUCUCCUUCAAUGUUCAUAAAAUCUGAGCAGUCCUACGAGCCAAAGGCAUCAGUGGGUCUCGGGGUCGACUGUAUCAUAGCGUCACCAUCCCAGUGUGGAAUUCAUCCCCCGAUACCCUGUCUUCAGCUAUCAUUCCCCAGACAGGAUGAGAGUAUGAGGCAUCAGGACUCGAUCACGGCGGUGAACAACAUCCCUGUCUUCACACAAGGUGGAUACGGGGCGGAUCAGGGUGGAAAUAUCCGCCUACAUCACGAAGACUACAAAGUUACCAAUGGGCUUGAAACAGAGGACGGCCAGCAGAAAUACAUUGGUGGAGUCAUGGAUGAGCUAUGCCAGUUGGAGGACCGGUUGCAAGAUCUAAACAAACAACAGAUGAGUUUCGUCAAGGCUAGCUUCGUCAACUGA